AAUGUAUAUUUUCGGAAGGAGCGUCAUUUUUGGGCGCCCUCAUGAACGGAAGUUGUUCUACGUAGUGUUGCCGCUGCGUGGAUGCGAGAUUUGAUUCUGCGGAACUGUUGCUGAUGGGGGACGAAAAGGACAACUGGAAAGUGAAAACGCUGGACGAGAUACUUCAAGAAAAGAAACGCAGAAAAGAGCAAGAACAAAAGAGUGAUACAAAACGUCCCAAAAACACUGAUGACCGGGAUUCAAAACGUGAUUCCCUGGAAGAAGGCGAGCUUCGAGAUCAUAGAAUGGAAAUAACUAUCCGUAAUUCUCCAUAUAAACGGGAAGACUCAAUGGAAGACAGAGGAGAAGAAGAUGAAUCUCUAGCAAUUAAACCACCUCAGCAAGUUAUGAGGAAGGAAAAAUCACAUCACAAAAAGGAAGAGAAACGAAAAGAGAAAAGGCGGCACCGUAGUCACUCUGCUGAUGGAGGCAAGAGAGGAAAACAUAUUCGCUUGAAGGAGAGAGAAAGUGAACGACGUAAAAGACAAAGAGAAGAGCAAGAUAAAGCCAGGCGGGAAUGGGAGAGACAGAAAAGAAGAGAGUUGGCUAGGGAACACUCAAGAAGAGAGAGGACCAUGGGAGGCCAGAGGCUACCCCAACAGCAGGCUGAAACAAGAGAGUGCAGGGAAAAAAUCCUCUCAUGUAAUGCUGAGACAAGGAAGGUUAUUUUAAAAAUUGAAUUUUUAUACAGGGAUCGCUUAGAACAACUGGAGCGACAGAGGGAGAGAGAACGGAAGAUGAGAGAGCAGCAGCAAAAAGAACAGACAGAGCAACGAAGACGUGUUGCAAAGGAAAGAAUUAAAGAUCGAGAUAUGAGAAGAGAAGCAGUGCCAUCCCACCACAGAGGUCCAAAGGAGGAAUAUGGAGAAAAAGUGAAGCAAGGUCAUAGGAGUAGGAGCCCAAGUCGCCAACAUCGAACUCGUCCUGAUGUGGCAGCAACGAAGAAGCCAGUUAAAGAGGAAAGACAAGAAAAGAGAGACCCUUUAUCAGAUCGAGAAGAUGUGAGUGAUAUUGAGAUGAAAACGAGCACUGCUGAAUCUUCCUCUGGAACAGGGACUGGUUCAGAAGAGGAGGAAGAGACAAGCAGUGAGUCCAAAGAUGAGGAGGAGGAAGAGGAGGAAGAGGAAGAAUCUGCUACCAAUUCUGAUGUGUCGGAGCAGAGUGCAGAUGAAAUAAGUGAAGAGGAUCAAACUGAUGAGGAAUAUGAGGAUGAAACAGAGAAUGGAAACCACAACCCAGCUGUGCCAGAAUCUAGGUUUGAUCAUGAUACUGAAGAGAGUGCCGAUGAGGAAGAAGAAGAUGAAGAAGAAGCAGAAGAGGCUGAGCAGUCUCCUCAAAUUCAAUCCCAGUCUAAUACUCCGGAAGGCAAUUAUAUCCCAGAGUCACCGCCUAUGUCUCCUGUCGAAUUUAAGAAGGAGCUACCAAAAUAUCUACCAGCACUUCAGGGAUGCCGAAGUGUUGAAGAAUUUCAGUGUUUAAACAGAAUUGAAGAAGGCACCUAUGGGGUUGUGUACAGGGCCAAAGACAAAAAAACAGAUGAAAUUGUAGCCUUGAAGCGUCUGAAAAUGGAAAAAGAAAAAGAAGGAUUUCCAAUUACAUCUCUCAGGGAGAUUAACACCAUUCUUAAAGCUCAGCAUCCAAAUAUUGUCACUGUUAGGGAAAUAGUAGUCGGCAGUAACAUGGAUAAGAUAUACAUUGUGAUGAACUAUGUGGAGCAUGACCUGAAAAGUUUAAUGGAAACAAUGAAACAGCCAUUCUUGCCAGGUGAAGUGAAAACCCUAAUGAUUCAGCUCCUUCGGGGAGUACGCCAUCUUCAUGAUAACUGGAUUCUUCACCGUGAUCUCAAAACAUCUAAUCUAUUACUGAGCCAUAAAGGAAUUUUAAAGAUUGGUGAUUUUGGACUUGCCCGAGAAUAUGGUUCUCCUCUAAAACCUUACACUCCUGUGGUGGUUACUCUUUGGUACAGAGCUCCGGAAUUGCUUCUGGGUGCCAAGGAAUAUAAAACAGCAAUCGAUAUGUGGUCUGUUGGAUGUAUAUUUGGUGAACUGAUAACACAAAAGCCUCUCUUCCCUGGAAAAUCUGAAAUUGACCAAAUUAACAAGAUAUUCAAGGAUCUUGGUUCUCCUAGUGAAAAGAUUUGGCCUGGAUACAAUGAGAUGCCCGCAGUCAAGAAAAUGACCUUUGCAGAGCAUCCGUACAACAAUCUCCGGAAGAGAUUUGGAGCUUUACUUUCUGACCAAGGAUUUGACCUAAUGAACAAAUUCCUCACUUAUUGUCCUGCCAAACGAAUCAAUGCAGAGGAAGGGCUGAAACAUGAAUAUUUUCGUGAGACACCUCAACCCCUCGAUCCUUCUAUGUUUCCAACUUGGCCUGCCAAGAGUGAACAGCAGAGAGUAAAAAGAGGAACCAGCCCGCGCCCACCUGAAGGUGGUCUUGGGUAUAGUCAGCUGGGAGACGACGAUUUGAGGGACACAGGCUUCCAUCUAACAACAACAAACCAGGGUGCUUCUGCAGCAGGUCCCGGCUUCAGCCUCAAGUUCUGAUUAUAUCAGGCAGACUAGAAACAUUGCUAUAGACAAUGGGAACGUUGAUGAUUUCUUGACCUAAUUUAUACUACAGUGGCUCACGGCUACAGUUGGACUUUUGUUUUCAUUCAUACUGCUUACAAGUAUGUGGACAGUGCAGUUGUGAGUGACAAGACUUUUUUUGAAGAAACUGAAGUCCACUCCCAAGUACCUUUGACUCAAUAAGAUUUUAUUGAAAAGAGUGCUGUGGACGGCUGGAGUCUGCUUUUAAAUAUUCCUGCCUUUGGCCUCGUCUCAAUACACUUGUUGGACAGUGAACUGUGUGACGGAGAGAGAGUCCUGGACAAGGAGAGAAAUUGAAAAUGUAAAGCUAAGAUUUUAUUCUGGAAUUCCUAUAUAUUAGGCACUGUGAUCAAUUAUAGAUAAGCAUACUUUAUUUUUAGUCUUUAAGCAGUUUAUUUUCUGUGAGAAAAGAAAAAUAAAUUUCCUUUUGCAUGGA